AUGUCCUCGGCAACACCAACACCCCAGGAUUCUGGUCUUCCUGCGCCCGCAACACCGUAUAAAUCCUCGCCAUUGGCACCGAACACUUCAUCUUCGUCAAAACCUACUAUACUACACCUUGGUGACGAUAUUCGGUGGAACCAUGAGUUAUACACUGAGUUGAACAACAAGUUCAAUAUCGUACGGACGUACUCCAUGGGAAGAGAAGACUUCAAGAAAGCACUGCAAGAGAAAAGAUGGGGUGAUUUCGUAGGAAUGUACCGUCCCUUCUGGAACACAGGAGGAGAAAUGGGGAACUGGGACAAAGAACUCAUCGACCUCCUCCCCCAAUCCUGCAAGAUCUACGCCUCAGCCGGCGCAGGCUUCGACUGGGUUGACGUCCAAUACCUCGCCACCCACGGCACCAUAUACUGCAACAGCGCCUCCGCCUGCACCGAAUCCGUUGCCGACGCCGCCAUCGUCCUCAUCCUAUCUUGCUACCGCGCAAUCACCUGGUCCUUCCUUGCAGCACGUUCCGGCGACCCUGAUCAAUUCCGCAACGCAAACCAGAACAUCGCGGCUGUGACGCACAAUCCCAAUGGUAGUACGCUCGGUAUUGUGGGACUAGGUAGGAUUGGCAAAGGAGCUUCUACUGCAAGAAUGCUAGAAUACCUCAAAGAAGAUGGUUGGCAUGUGAUCGGGGAAACGGUACCGCGCGAAGAGUACGACGAGUUGCAUUACUUCGACAAGCAUAUUGAUAGCUGUCGUAAGGUGGUGAAGCAUGAUGUAAAGGAGGAAUGGCAGUCAUGUCCCUGUCCUCGUUUAUGCCUCACAGCCACUUACGAGUCUGCGCUUUCCACUGUGUUGGUCGAUGCAGGUGUCACCGAAGCACUUAACAUUAUCAUCUGGUCACACGCAUACUCCUUGCUACCGUACUCAACCUUCAUCCUCAAACGCUCUUUUCUCCUAGAAAGCGCGGUUAAGGGGUCGCCACGACGUCUCGGGCGGGUCCUAAAGAUGAAGAAGAAAAUCUUCGAUCUAGAGACUGAACCUGUGGAUAUUCGGGAUGCACAGAAUAGGUAUCCUGCAACAACCCUACCUUCGGAGCCCUGUGGACAGUUGGUCUCAUGUGUAGACCACGGUCAUCGGCGCAUUGGAGACAAGUAUACAUGGACGAUAACUCUCAACACUGACGGUAUCCGUCAACCGACCAAGUCCACUAUCCCAACCACCUAUGCAAGCUUCCGAAUCAAGCCUAUACUCUUCCUUCUACCUGGUGAAGAUAACCACGGGAGACUCAGACACACCCCAUCUCACUACAGGGUUUUCAUCAAUCUAAUUGCAGCCCCGUGUUUGAAGCACGAGUACUUUGUCGAUCCUACAGAUUAUGGGAACCCUGCUCACAUUAUCGUUCCAUGGCGGUAUGGUGAUAUUAGUUUUGCCCAGCUCGAGGCUCUGGAGGACGAAGAAAAGCCACCAGGGUGGACAACGAAUGACUUACCUAGCCUGAGGCAUGGGUGGGAGAAGUUUGGAUGCGAGGUACCUGUUGGUUGGAAGUGGUACGAUGAUGAGAUUGAAGGGUUGCUGAGGGCGCGCUGGGAUGGAGAUAGUCAGCUAGACGGAGCAGUCCAUGCAGAUUGA